AUGGCGACAACGUUCAGCAACGUGACGACAACCUUGAGCAGCGUGACGACAACCUUCAGCAGCGUGACAACAACAAUCAGCAGCGUGACAACAACCUUCAACAGGGUGACGACAACCUUCACCAGCGUGACAAUAAUCUUCAGCAGCGUGACCGACAACAUUCAGCAGCGUGACAAUAACCUACAGCAGCGUGAUGACAGCCGUCAGCAGCGUGACACAAUCAGCAGCGUGACAACAACCUUCAACAGCGGCGACAACCUUCAGCAGCGUGCAGCAACCUUCAGGAGCCGUGAGGACAACCUUCAGCAUCAUGAAAACAAUUUUCAACAGCUGACGACAACCUUCAGCAGCGUGACGACAACCUUCAACAGCGACGACAACGUUCAGCAGCGUGACGAUAGAUUUCAGCAGCCAGCGUACAACAACUUUCAACAGCGUGACGACAACCUUCAACAGCGUGACGACAGCCUUCAGCAUCGUGACAACAACUUUCAACAGCGUGACGAUAACCUUCAGCAGCGUGACAACAACUUUCAACAGCGUGACGACAACCUUCAGCAGCGUGACAACCUUCAGCAUCGCAGACAACAACUUUCAACACAGCGUAGAGACAACCUUCAGCAUCAUGACAACAACUUUCAACAGCGUGACGACCAACUUCAACAGCGUGACGACACCUUUAGCAGCGUGACGACAACCUUCAGUAGCGUGACGACAACCUUCAACAGCGUGGCGACCAUCAGCAGCCAGCGUGACGACAACGUUAAUGAGCGUGACAACAACCUUCAACAGCCUGACGACAACCUUCAGCAGCGUGACGAUAAUCUUCAGCAGCGUGAGGAUAACCUUCAACAGCCUGACGAUAACCCUCAGCAGUGUGAUGACAACCUUCAGCAGUGUGAGGAAAACCUUCAACAGCGUUGUGACAACCUUCAGCUUCGUGACGACAAACUUCAGCAGUGUGACGACAACUUUCAACAGCGUGACGAUAACCUUCAUCAGCGUGACGACAACCUUCAAGGCAACUUUCAACAGCGUGACGACCACCUUCAGCAGCUUGACGACAACCUUCAGCAACGUGGCGACAACUUUGAGCAGCGUGACGACAACCUUCAGCAACGUGGCGACAACUUUCAGCAGCGUGACAACAACCUUCAGCAGCGUGACGACAACCUUCAGCCGCGUGACAAUAACCUUCAGCAGUGUGGAGACAACCUUCAGCAGCAUGACGACAACCUUCAGCCGCGUGACAAUAACCUUCAGCAGUGUGGAGACAACCUUCAGCAGCGUGAGGACAACCUUCAGCAUCAUGACAACAACUUUCAACAAUGUGACGACAACCUUCAACAGCGUGACGACAGCCUUUAG